AUGUCUGGAAAACUGGAAUUGUUGUUUUGUAAACUGACACACUUGAGAGUGAAGCUCUAUUUAGACCCUCAUUUGUUGACUCUAGUUGAGAAUACAUUCUCAAAAUGUCUAGGACCUCUAGGCUUUGAUUUCCAUAAUAUACUAGUAGAUAUUCAUAAAGUGCUGGCUUUUGGCUCUAAUAUAAGAAGUUAUAAGAGAAACAUUUCUGACAUGAAGCAGAUGACAGGCUAUAACUUUGAGGACCUUCUACAGUGUGCCCUGCUAGUCUUUAAUAGUCUGUUCCUACAGCUGUAUGAAACAAUCAUCUAUGAUACUAUAGUGGCUUUACACUCUGAAACAUGGCAAUUUGAUGAUGUACUACAAAAAUUUGCUAGUAAUACUUGCCCUGUAUUUGCUACUAUGGAACUAGCUGCUGAGACACACAGGCAUGUGUCUCAUAUACAAACAAGAAUGUCUGGCUCUGACAGGAUAAAUACAAAUGUAAAGAAGGCCUUUAAUACUAACACAUCUAAAGUUCAUAUAGUAGAGCAUUAUACAAAGCAAAUAGUAGAAUAUAGGACUACUGAUUCCUAUAGUACAAAUAUUGGCAAGUCUGAGCACAAGAUGACCAAGGACAGCUAUGCUAGAACAAAUAGAGUCAAUCCUGAAGUAGAAGAGGAGGAGGAGGAGGAGGAUGUAGAGUUAGCCCCUAGUGAUGUUAGAUAUUCUAUUAGGCAGAGAGGAAUUCCAAUUAACCUUCCUUAG